AGCGGUAUUUUCGAACUUUCAGCCGUGGGCCACACUCUCAGCCGUCAACAAACGCGUUAUUUUUUAGCGGAUCGGAUCGGCCGAAUUAAAUCCUCGAUAAGUAAUGUGCUGAAAAGAACAGGACUACCAAAGAGCCACUUGUCAUAGAUGCGUACGGGAUCGUUAGCCAAAGCCAAACAACAAUCACGUUCGCAAUCGACCAGAAAGACACUCGAAAUCGAAUCGAAAUCCCGAACUCGGCGAGCGGUUAGAGUUGUGUAACACGGACGGACGGGCCCGAGAAGAAGAAACGUGAACGCUGUGUGUUGAGUUGCAGGUGUGAAUCGGGAACGGGAACAGCAGAACAGGAGCAGUUAGCAUGGCGCUUGAGACGGAGGCGAAGAACAUAGCCACGGGCGAUACGGCAACAACAAAGAGCAGCGGCAAGGCCAAGGAGAACAACAACACGGCCGGCGGCAAAAAGAAUCAGAAUCCGAAUCCGAAUCAGCAGAAUCAGAAUCAGAACUUGGUCAAUGGCAAUGGCACGGCUGUCGACGGUCCGGCUGCGAAGAAGAAAGGCAAGAAGAACCGCAACAAAAGCCCGACCGAACCCACUGCUGAACCCGUGGAAGCAGCUCUGAGCAACGGACAUGCCGAGAAGGUAGCUGGAGAGGAGGGCGAUGCCAAUGCCAAUGUGGAGAAGGCGGAGGCCGGCGGAGCUCCGAAUGCGGAGGCGGAUGGGGAGGACAUCGAUCUGGACGCUCUGCACGACGUUGGUAUCACGGUCAACAUCAGCAGUCCCGGCGCAGACCUGCUCUGCGUCCAGCUGUCGAGCAUGGAACUGGUGCAGGAAAUCCACCAGCUGCUGAUGGACCGAGAGGAGACCUGCCAUCGCACCUGCUUCUCGCUGCAGCUGGACAACGUGACGCUGGAUAAUUUCGCCGAGCUUAAGACAAUCGAGCAACUGGAGCAGGGCUCCACCAUCAAGGUGGUAGAGGAGCCGUACACCAUGCGGGAGGCCCGCAUCCAUGUGCGCCAUGUGCGCGAUCUUCUCAAGAACCUUGAUCCGGCGGACGCUUACAAUGGCAUCGACUGCACUUCGCUGACCUACUUGAACACGAUCACGCAGGGCGAUUUGUUGGACAAGAAGAAGACGAGGCCGGACUCUGUGGACUGUACGCCGCCGGAGUAUGUGACUCCGGGUGUGUACGAACCGCCACUGUUGCCACUGCAUCCCAAUGUGAAGAACGCAAAGGGACCGCAGGCUCUUAAGGUACUCACUACAUCCGCCUGGAAUCCGCCACCUGGUCCCCGCAAGCUGCACGGCGACCUCAUGUAUCUGUACGUUGUCACCAUGGAGGAGAAACGCUUCCACAUCUCCGCCUGCUCCAAGGGCUUUUACAUCAACCAGUCGACGGACGACACCUUCAACCCCAAACCCGACAAUCCCAGCCACCUAAGCCACUCGCUGAUCGAUCUGCUCUCCCACAUAUCACCAUCGUUCCGACGUGCCUUCCAGACCAUCCAGAAGCGACGCACCAUGCGCCACGCCUUUGAGCGGGUGGCCACGCCCUACCAGGUGUACCAGUGGGCAUCGCCCACCCUGGAGCACACGGUGGACGCCAUUCGCGCCGAGGAUGCGUUUAGUUCCAAGUUGGGCUACGAGGAGCACAUCCCCGGACAGACACGCGACUGGAACGAGGAGCUGCAGACGACGCGGGAACUGCCACGCAAGACACUGCCAGAGCGCUUGCUGCGCGAGCGCGCCAUCUUUAAAGUUCACGGGGACUUCGUGACCGCCGCCACGAGGGGCGCCAUGGCCGUUAUUGACGGCAACGUGCUGGCCAUCAAUCCCGGCGAGGACUCCAAGAUGCAGAUGUUCAUCUGGAACAACAUUUUCUUCUCGCUGGGCUUCGAUGUAAGGGACCACUACAAGGAGCUGGGCGGCGACGCAGCCGCCUUUGUUGCCCCGCGUUACGAUCUGCACGGUGUGCGGGUCUACAACGCCGUGGAUGUGGAAGGAUUGUACACACUGGGAACCGUGGUGAUUGAUUAUCGCGGCUACCGUGUCACCGCACAGUCCAUUAUUCCCGGAAUUCUGGAGCGGGAGCAGGAGCAGAGCGUUGUCUACGGCUCCAUUGACUUUGGCAAGACGGUGCUGAGCCAUCCCAAGUACUUGGAACUUCUGCGACAGGCGGGAAAGCACUUGAAGAUCCUGCCGCACGCGGUGCUUAACGAGCGAGAUGAGCCCGUGGAGCUGUGCUCCUCGGUGGAGUGCAAGGGCAUCAUCGGCAACGAUGGCAGGCACUACAUCCUCGACCUGUUGCGUACCUUCCCGCCAGACGUGAACUUCCUGAAGCUUCAGGAUGUUAAGAUUAGCAAGGAACUGGCCGAUAUGGGUUUCCCCAUCGAGCACCGGCACAAGCUGUGCUGCUUGCGCCAAGAGCUGCUCGAAGCCUUCAUCGAGGAUCGCUAUGUGAGCUUCAUCCGAAUUGCCGCCGUGCAUCUCCAGCAGCUCAAUGCCAAGAAGCAAUCUGAAAAGGUGGAGGAGAAACCAGUACCCGCCAUUGAAGGAGUCGAGGCGGAAGCUAAGGUAAACGGAGCUGAGACCACAGACGACAAGGAGGAGAAGAAGGAAGAGAAGGAGGAGAAGCCCACUUCCAGCGACACAAAGACCGCCGAGGCCAUGGUUAACGCCAUCCGGGAGGCACAGUCCAAUGUGGCCACCUCCAACGAGGUGCAAGCUGCCGAGGUGGUUAAACGGGCCUGCGCCGCCGUUGGCUCGCUGAAGGAGAAAGAGUUCGACUUCCGUUUCAACCCCGACGUGUUCUCGCCCGGCAUUCGUCACGUAGAUGGCGAGGAGGGCACCUGCAGCUCUCUGGCCAAGCAGAAAGUUCUCGUACAGGAGGCCGCCGAGUUCUUGGUCCUUAAGCAAAUUCCCGCCUUCAUCAAGGAGCACCUGGCCCAUUCCUCGCCACCGAUCGAUGGUCAGAGUCUGACGGAAUCCCUGCACAGCCACGGCAUAAACGUGCGCUACUUGGGCAAGGUUAUCAAAAUGUUGGGUCAGAUGCCGCGCAUGGACUACCUGUACAGGAUCGCCAUCCUCGAGCUGAUCGUGCGGGCCACCAAGCACAUUUACUACACCUACAUGCAGAACACAGAGCCACUGCACCUGUCGGCCGCCAUCAGCCACUUCCUCAACUGUCUGCUGACCAACGGACCCGUCAAUCCGGCCGUGAGCAGCGAGGAGGCGCACAAGAAACGCGGCAACGGCGGCAAGCACAACAAGCACAAGUCCUCCAAGGGCGGAAAGGGUCAGCAGCAACAGCAGGCGUCUGGCAAUCAAAACGGCAGCUCGUCUGGUUCCUCCAAUGCCUCAUCCGCAUCCGAUUGGACCCUGGUGACGCCCCGAUCCCUGUGGCAGCAGAUCCGGCGGGAGGCCAAGGCCUACUGGGACUGGGAGCUAGAUUGCGACUCGAUCGAUAGCGCUGUGACCAAGUUCGGGAUCCUGCGGAUCAGCCUACUGCGCGCCUUCUGCUUGAAGGUUGGCAUUCAGGUGCUGCUACGCGAGUACAACUUCGAGUCCAAGCACAAGCCAACCUUUGGCGACGACGAUAUCGUCAACGUGUUCCCGGUGGUAAAGCAUAUUAGCCCAAGGGCAACAGACGCCUACAACUUCUACACCACGGGCCAGGCCAAGAUCCAGCAGGGCAUGUUCAAGGAGGGCUACGAGCUGAUCAGCGAGGCACUCAACCUGCUGAACAACGUCUUUGGGGCGAUGCACCAGGAGAACGGAUCCUGCCUGCGGAUGCUGGCCAGGCUCAGUUACCUGCUGGGCGAUGCCCAAGAUGCUCUGGCCAUCCAGCAGCGAGCAGUGAUCAUGAGCGAGCGGGUGAACGGCAUUGAUCAUCCUUCGACCAUUUUGGAAUACACACACUUAUCACUGUAUUCAUUUGCUAACGGACAUGUCGGCAUGUCCCUCAAGCUGCUGUACAGAGCACGCUAUCUGAUGGUGCUCAUCUGCGGUGAAGAUCACCCCGAGGUGGCACUGAUCGAUAGCAACAUAAGUUUGAUUUUGCAUGCGCUGGGUGAAUACGAGUUGUCGCUGCGGUUUAUCGAGCAUGCCCUUAAGCUGAACCUUAAAUACUUCGGCAACAAGGCCAUGCAUGUGGCAGUUAGCUAUCACCUGAUGGCCCGUACCCAGUCCUGCAUGGGUGACUUCCGCUCGGCCUUGAACAACGAGAAGGAAACCUACUCUAUUUACAAGUCACAGCUUGGCGAGAAGCACGAGAAGACCCGGGACUCGGCCGAGUGCCUGCGCCUCCUGACCCAGCAGGCUGUGCUGCUGCAGCGCAAGAUGAACGACAUCUAUUCCAGUGGCAAGCUGACCAGUGACCUGCCACCCAUCCACAUCACACCACCCUCGAUGGGCUCUGUGCUGGACAUGCUGAACACAAUCAAUGGCAUUCUGUUCGUGCAGAUUAGCCAAAAUGACAUUGUCAAGGUGCGCAGCGAAAUUGAGAAGCAUUUCAAGGCCAACAGCGCCGAAAGCGAGGUUAACGAUGCCAUCAAAUCCAUUGUGGCCGCUGCCAACAAUAAUGGUGAGGCCGAGGAGGGAGAGCCAAAGGAAGUCAAGGAGCAGGCAGCAGCAGGCACGCAGCUAACGAACGGGGAGAAGGCCACGACCACUGAGGCGACUUCAAGUUGAACACUCCAAAGGCAAAGAUGAACAAUUGAAAUCCCAACCAGUCACAAAAUUUGCCGCCUGUUCGUUGCAUUGUCGUCGUAUCCGUUAAUCGUAUUUUGGGACUGAGCAAAAUUGAAACACCUACGUUUUGAACUACUACAGCAAUGACAACCUAACAAUUGCAACAUCAUCAACAACAGCAACAACAACCCACAUCGUAAUAAAACAUAAUUGUAUAUGUUUUUCUUAAAGGCUGCUCUUGUAUUGCUCACACACAUCGCAUCGCGUCGUAUUUAAGAAUACGCAUAGAAGGACCUACAGCCAUUUGUGGUUUAGGCCAAUAAAAUACUUUUAGGCUUAGUCAAGCAAACUAUCAGCAACACUAUUAAGCAUCCUUAUCCAAACGACCCGAUAUCACCCAGAAACCCAGCUAUAACAGAAAGUUGACCUGUUUUUAAACACGAAAAGUCGUCUAGCUCAUACACAUAUAUGUUUUGUUAACCAUUUGCAAACCCGUCAAAUGCCUUUUAUAGUUUGUAAUCGAUUGCACAUAAUUUUAUGCAUUGUUUUCUGUUGAAUCAACUUUACAACGAGUGCAACUAAAUAUUUUACAAUAACGUUAAGAUUCGCCCGAUUGGAAAAUGAAACCAGAAGAAUUAUUGAAUGAUUACGUUUUUGUUAUACAACUAUCAUAUAGAUAUAUAUCAGAAAAUAUAUAUAUUAUUCAUACGUAAUGCAUACACUUUUGGGUCCUUGGUGUGUCAAGGACCGCGAGAACAUUUAUUCAUACGAA